AUGUUCGCAGUUAGAAGAUGUAUUGCUACAAGCAAGGCUGCUAGGAACCGCGCCUAUAAGGUUAGAGGUUGUGGACGUCAGAAAUCGGGAGGCUUCGACUGUGGUAGCGGUGGCGAUGAUAAGAAACCACCCCGCCACUUGCGCCCUGAAUGCAACCCUUCCGCUCCUACCGUUUAUGAUUGUCGAAAGUAUGGGCAUAAUUUACCAUGUGACAGUGUGAUGCCAUAUUUUGAGACAUUACCUUACUUCCCAACUGGAAUAUUCCGCUGCACCGCGGGCGAGGUUCUCGGUCUAGGCGCCAACAAAUGCGGAUACUACAAAAAUCCUGAAUAUUUUUCAUUUCAUCAUAUGAGCUUCUAUGACAUACACAUGCUUCUAAGAUGUUAUCGACAACCUUCACCAAAAACUGGAAGGAAAAAAUAAUGGUUUUCUUUUUCUUCGAAUUAUUAUAAUUUACGCAGCAACUCCUUUUAUUAUUUAAAUAUUUUAAAUAUAGGUAAAUUUA